AAAAGGGGCGACGUGAGUGCAGAGAAUCACAAAAUGACUCGAGAGCGGCUCUUAGUCAGCUCUUUCCCUUCUUGGGUGGCCCACUCUCUGUCCCAGAUUGGACUAGCGUCAGGUUCCGAACGCCAAGCCGGAUCCACUUUGAAGGUGCUCCUUUCCCAAAGAAGUCUAGUGUUGAUACCCUGUUCCACGGGUGUCCAGGCACCGAAAAACUGCCAACUAAAUUCAUUCCAGGUUUUUCCCCCCUCCCCCCUGGAGGAAGAUCUCUCUCUCCUCGUCAGCCAUUCAUUAUCUCGGCCCUAGACCUAGCUCAAUCCU